GCCCCUCGCCGGGGCUGGCUGAGCGGGCGGCCGCACACGGGCUGGGGGCUCGACUCCGGCUGCCGCUGCCGUCGGCUCCCCAUCCAUGGCACAGCCCGCUGCCGCCGCCGCUCCCCGGGCCGCUGCCCCUCCAGCCCGGCGCGCCAUGGAGUAGGGGCCGGGCAGCCCCCCGCGCUGCACGGACCGGGGUCCCCACCCCCCCGCCUCCUCCUUGGAGCUCCGCGCCCCCCAGCCCCAGCCCGCAGCCCCCCGUCCUCUCCUUGCGCCUGGGCCGCCUCGCCAGCCGCCGGGGGAGCCCAUGGAGGCGGUGGCGGGGAAGGAGAAGCGGCGGCAGCCAGCCCCGGCGGCGGCGGCGGCGGCUCGGUUCUCCCGGCCGGAGAUGCUGCCGCUGCCGCCCGGGAGCCGGCACCGGAGCCAGGCUCGCCGGAGACGAAGGGAGCUGCUGCUGGCUCAGCUCUGCCUCGUGGGCUCGCUCACGCUGCUCCUGGCUUCCCUCUCCAGCUGGGCUGGGCAAUCCGGUUAUGAUGUCCUGAGCUAUCCUAUGGAAACUUACGAUAAGUGGAGUGGGAGGAGGCUGCUGCAGGCAACCGAGGACAAUGCCACUGAGAACCCAGAGGAGACAGGAAAUCGAUAUGUCAAGAACUGCACUGAACCAGCUCUCCAUGAAUUCCCCAGCGACAUCUUUACUAAUGAGGACAGAAAACAUGGAGCUGUAGUCCUGCAUGUCCUCUGUGCCGUGUAUAUGUUCUACGCUUUGGCAAUUGUCUGUGAUGAUUUCUUUGUCCCUUCAUUGGAAAAGAUUAGUGAACGCUUGCAUCUUAGUGAAGACGUGGCUGGGGCAACUUUCAUGGCAGCUGGAAGCUCCGCUCCUGAGUUGUUUACAUCUGUUAUAGGUGUUUUUAUCACAAAAGGAGACGUAGGAGUCGGAACCAUUGUUGGCUCUGCCGUAUUCAACAUUCUCUGUAUAAUCGGUGUGUGUGGCCUUUUCGCAGGACAGGUGGUUGCACUGUCAUCAUGGAGUCUGCUGCGAGAUUCAAUCUACUACACACUGUCUGUUGUUGCACUCAUUGUGUUUAUUUAUGAUGAAAUCGUUUCUUGGUGGGAGUCCCUAGUCCUAGUGCUGAUGUACUUCAUUUACAUCCUGAUCAUGAAGUUUAAUUCCUCCUUACAUCACUGCUUUGAAAGGAAGACAAAAAAUGCUGCAAAUAUGGUGAAUGGAUUAUCAAAUAACACAGAAAUGGAUGAUAACAGCAAUUGUGACGCCACAGUGGUAUUACUAAAGAAAGGGAAUUUCCAUCGUAAAGCCUCGGUGAUCAUGGUGGACGAGCUGCUGUCUGCCUACCCACACCAGCUUUCCUUCUCUGAGGCUGGGCUCCGGAUAAUGAUAACCAGCCACUUUCCUCCCAAAACCCGUCUCUCCAUGGCCAGUCGCAUGUUGAUCAACGAGAGGCAAAGGCUGAUAAACAGCAGAGCCUACACCAAUGGGGAAUCGGAAGUGGCUAUCAAAAUUCCUAUCAAGCAUGCCCUGGAGAACGGGACAGGCCCCAGCAACUCCACUGAAAGGGGCGUGAAUGGGACCCGAAGAGACGAGGACAUGGCUGAGGCUGGAAAUGAGACCGAGAACGAGGACAAUGAGAACAACGAGAAUGACGAGGAAGAGGAGGAAGAGGAGGAUGAUAAUGACGGACCUUACACUCCUUUUGACCUACCCUCUGGCAAAAUGGAAAUCCUGAAAUGGCUGUUCACCUGGCCACUGAGCUUCCUCCUGCACUUCACAGUGCCCAACUGCAACAAGCCCUACUGGGAAAAAUGGUUCAUGGUCACCUUUGCUUCCUCUACCCUCUGGAUUGCAGCCUUAUCCUACGUGAUGGUGUGGAUGGUUACGAUCAUUGGCUACACAUUGGGUAUUCCAGACGUGAUCAUGGGUAUCACAUUCCUGGCAGCUGGAACCAGCGUGCCGGACUGCAUGGCUAGCCUUAUAGUAGCAAGACAAGGCAUGGGGGAUAUGGCUGUGUCGAAUUCCAUUGGAAGUAACGUUUUUGACAUUUUAAUUGGCCUGGGUCUCCCAUGGGCUCUGCAGACUCUAGCAGUGGAUUAUGGUUCAUAUAUCCAGUUAAACAGCAGAGGACUUAUCUAUUCCGUUGGCUUGCUGCUGGCAUCAGUUUUUGUCACAGUAUUUGGUGUCCACAUGAACAAAUGGAAGCUGGAUAAGAAGCUGGGAAUUGUGUGCCUUUUCCUGUACGGCAUCUUCUUAUGUUUCUCCAUCAUGACAGAAUUCAAUGUUUUCACUUUCGUGAACUUGCCGAUGUGCAGAGAUCACUGAUCCAGGUGGCAGACUGUCGAGAGGUACUUCCUUCUUACCUGUGCAAUACAAAACACGGCUGGCGUCUCCAGAACACGGUGUACCCAACAGUCGUGAAAUAUAUCCUGCUCACUGUUCAUAGGAUUCUCCUCCCAUCUCAGUUUACCCUCUUCCGACCCCGAAACCUGGAAAAAUCCUGCAUCGAUGUGAAGAUAUUUUUUUUUCAACAUUAAUGUGAUUUCCAAGUUCAGUUUUUGAACAGUGACUGGGAUUCUAAAUGAACUGGCUGCUAUCUGGCGUUGAGCCAGGCAAAACUGAUCUGCUACAAUUCCUUCCUUUUUAAGUUAUUUGGUGGAAGACUAAUCUAAUUUAUGUUUUAAGACUAUUGCUAGAAUGCAGAAGAAGAGGGUACAUUGUAUAUGGGGUGUUUUUCAAGCAGAACUGUGGGAAUCUUUUAUUUUUUUCAGAGAUCAACAGCCUCUCUUUGCAACUUCUCCUUCUGAGCGCUGGAUUUCGUGUAAUGAUCCAAAGGUCACAAGUGCAGUGUAUUAUGGGAACUCAAUUUGAAAUACUCAGCAUAUGAGUGGAUUGACUGUUAAAAAAAAUGACUGGCAAGGCAGUGGAUAACAACUUUAUACUAUGAUUAACGCAUCUCCUAAAGGUGUUGUAAGGACUGCAAGGUGAACAUGGAUUCAAAGGGUAAACACUGCUACCAUUUUCAUUAUUAAUGUCAGAGCUUUAUUGCUAGGUUAUUUAUAUGACUUCCAAGCAAUGGUUUAGGACUGCCAGCCCACAAGGGCUAACGAGGAGAGGUCCUGGUUUUUAAUGAUCCACACAUUGCGAUGCAAGGUCAGAAGCUUCAGAGGAUCGUCCAACUUCUUGUAGUUUUUGGGGGGAGUGUGUAGUUUUAUGUCUUAUUCGUUGUGAGAAGGACAUAAGCACAGUCACACAUUCUCUAAAUGAGUUGUAGACACUGGUUUCUUUAAAAGGAAAGAGGCAUAUUUUGCACCGACAUUGUUACUGAAGUCAUAAUUUGCCACUCUUUAAAGAAUACACUGGACCUGGCCAAAAAUUUUACAGCUGAACUUAUCUGAUAUCAGAUUGUUGUGGAUUUAUUCCGCCUCCUUCUGGAGGAAGAAAGAAAGAGCGAGAGAGAGAAAUGGCACUUUUAAAAUGCAGAAUAUCUUUAAUGCAGAUUCGCCCACAGAUCUAAGUUAUGAUGAAAGUUUUGCCAUUCUCUGUUCUAACAGACCUGCAAGGUUUUGUAUAAUACUGUAUUAAUAUGGAGUCAGAUUCCACUACAUGAGGAACACCUAUGAUUGCCACACUUGUAUGUACUGAAAUUGUGGAUUCUUUCCAGUGCUGGCUGUUGUAUUUACUUUAAGCACUGAUCACUUCUGAUUCAUUUGGUAUGGUUUUUUCCUCUUCCUUUUAUAUGUUCUUCUAUGAAGCAUAGUAAGAUACUACCAACAAGGUGAAUGUUUUUGUCUAUGGUACAGACAGUGGCCAAUACUGGUAGACAGGACACAACAAAAACAGGGCCCUAAGAGAAAAAAAAAAAUCUGAACUAGCGGAAGAAAAACAGUUCAGAGUGAAGACCCGUUUAUCAACUCAUUUGCACUUUUGCACUUGAUUAUUUAAGAUUAAUUCUCUUCCGACAAAUAGUGUAAAAUAAAUGUUUCCAAUCUGAUCUCCAUUUGACACAGCACAUUACUUUCUGUCCUUUUCACACGGAACAAGUGAAAAUACACAUUUAUUGAGCAAGUUCCAUGGACAGUUGAUGCAUGGCCACCUUGGGUAAAAGCAGUCUGAUGGGUCUCUGGAGGAAAGCAGGUGUGAAGACAGUGCAGAUGUGAAUAAAGGGGAGAGAAGAGAGGGGCUCCAUUUUAUAUACGUGUUGCUAUUUUUUCUUCAGGAACAUACUGUGAUCCCACUUGUUUCGCUAAGCAGCAUUCUAAGACCAGCAUGCUAAGAACUACACCAUAUGGAAAUCCCAUUGCAUUAGAAAUCCCCAUUGUACCUUCUUAGUGUGUUUUUAAUUAAUAAUAACCACUAAAAUGUCUAAAAAGACUUCCUUAAAUUAAAAAAUAGUAGCAUGAUGUGAUACAUUUCAAUAAAUUCCAACCUUGAGGACAGUUAUAAGCUCGCAACAAGAUAUAGUAACUCCUAAGCUGAAUCUUUCCUUACUUGCAGAAGAGACAAUAUUUGGGAAAAAAAGUUUCACAUCAGGGCCUAUUAUUAUUUCUAUUUUGAAUAUUUAUACUGCUGCUCCAAUGGAGCCAGUUGGAUCUAUUUCUACGAAAUAGCCAUUAUCUAUCCCAUGGCACAAAAAUUGCAUGACUGGUUUUUUAGGAACUUUUCCUGUUGACGUACAUCAAAUACUGUAGUAUCGUAGCUUUGCAUUGUAUGUGUAUCCAGAAAUACAUUGUUCUGAACUUUGUGCAUUUUGCAAGAAUAUUGUGAAAGUUGCUCAUUCCAAGUGUAAGCAAAGAGGUAUCUUAGAUACACUGAACUGCUCUUACCUGUGCCAUAUUCUUAUGAGAUGUGAUAGACCGUUUGCUAUGAUGACAGUUUGAGUUAGAUGUACUUGUGAUCUGAAACCAAAGCAGAUGAUUCAAGCUUGAUUUGAAAUAGAGGGCCGGUUGACUGUGUGAGUUCUCAUUUGUUUUUAAAAGACAGAGCCUUUCAAACUGAUAGCUUGAUUAAAGUCGAUGGAAAAAUCUCCAGGACAAAAAUGUAAGCACUUUUCUGUGCAAAGUUUAUUCUGCGAUCACUGUUCAUGAAAGGUCUCCCUAAGACAUACAAUAAUAAGAUCGCUGCAUACGCUGACUGAUACUUCGAGUAUUCACAGCUUUCAUUUUGUUUUCCUUCCAAGCUUUCACUUUAGUUUUCCUUCCUAGCAAUCGUAGACAAUUUUUAACGAGCAUUUCAAAGAGAGCUUAAAGAGCCUUCUCCCCAGUAGUGAACACCUCACUGCAGCUCUACCUUUUGACCUGAUUUUGUCUAGGCUGACGCCAAAUAUCUGAUCCCAUAGUUUCAACUCCGUUUGACACUUCCUUGACCGUGAUUAAAUGCCAAAAUCUUGUGAUGUGGGUGGUUUUAAGAGACACAGGAAAGAUUGCUUUUGCCCUACCAAAGUAGAAUUCUCUACCUGCAUUUUAUUUGUAUUUUUUUUUUAAGAAAUAGUGCAUUUUUUUGUAGCUAUAGGUACCUACAACAGAAAAUAUCUUGCGUGGAGGGCAUUUACACUAGUGUGGUUUGGGAGGUUUCUGUGUUGUUCUGUUCCUUUGUGUUUGACUUUGUAUCCUGAGCUGAGUCAUUGAAGUUAGUGAAUUUGCGUGCUUUGGAUUUGUGGGUUUUGCGCCUGUGAAACAGGAAUUUAUGCUAAUUUUAAGCAUUCAAAUGCCUAACAAAAAUUUCUUUAAAAAACAAAGAAAAGAAAGAAAGUGGGAAAAACACCCACAAGUGCUGAGGACACAACAUUUAAUGUCAGUGUAAGAACCGGAGGUUAACAUCUAAAGAGCAAUGACAGUAGCCCUGAUUUUCAAUGACUUUUCCUAAUAAUCUGUAAAAUAAAAUGUAGGUAGCAAAUACUGUUGGAUAAUUUUUUUAAAAACUACAACUUUCUGACUACUGCCAGAUGCUUCUGUUACCAAAUUUAUCUGUUCAAAUUAAGUAUGAGGACAUGUCAGAUCAUGCUGUAAUGUCAAGCUCUGUCUAUAUUCAGAGAUAUGCCAUUCAUUAAUUCUCCUGCUGAGAGUAGAGAGUAGAAUACACACUUUGGAUCAGCCAUUUCUAGAGAGCUCAGCCUCCUGCCAAGGUUGUGGCCUGCUCCGUAUUAAAGCUGUGGUAGGCGAAGUCGGAAGCCAUAAUAUCCUUCCAGCCUGUCUGAGGCCAUCCACAAAGUCUUCUCCGUCCAGCUUUUGUUGGAUCAAAUGCAUAAAGCUGGUGGACUAGUAUGGACUCCAGCAUAAGAAGCAGAUGGCCGAGCUAGCUGAGAUGGUGUUGAGUCACUUGAGAAGACACUAGAGACUGAUUGGUCUGACAGCUGACAUCCUCAUUCAGAACAUGAUGAAGCCACCAUAUACCUUCAAUACGACGUUACUGUUUCAUGUCGAAAGUAUCCAGUUGGCGCAUUUGCGUCUCUGUUAUGGCUCAGAUUUCAGAGCCAUACAAAAGGAUGGAAGCCACUGCUGCUUGAUAGAUACUCCUCUUAGAGUUGAUAUGUGGCGUUGAUGCCACAAAGGCUUCCGAAGAGCAUGCAUAACAAUCUUGACCUUGCUGAGUUGAUGUUUCAUGUCAGCAAGGCAACCUCCCUCCCUAAUGACGAUGGAACCAAGACACUCAAAUGCGCUGACAAAUUCAAUCUCUUGUCCAUUGAUUAUGAUGGAUAGGGGUAAAGGUCCAUCAGCCACUUUCAUCAAUUUGGUCUUCUUCCAAUUGACUUGAAGACCAGUCUUACUUCUUACUUGCUUCUUCUGUAAAUAUAUUCAAGGUAUUAAUGAGAUUAGCAUUUGAAGAUGAGAAUCUAGCUGUGGUAUCUGCAUAUUCCAGCUCUGCUAUGCAGGAGUCAUGCGGUACCACCCCUGGAAUGUGACUAGUGACAGCUUCCAUCAUUCAGUCAAUAACAGUAUUGCGCAUAUCAGGGCAGCCAAGCAUCCUUGAUGAACACUGCUAUUGUACUCAAACCAGCUGGACAUCCUGGUACCUAAGUGGACACAGCUCUCACUUCGGUAAUGUAUUUCUAUGAGAAGGUGGAAGAGCUUACCAGGCACACCAGCAGCUUGUAGACAGGGCCACAGGGAGCAAUGAUCAACAAAGUUGGAGGCAGCGUUUAGAUCAGUAAAAGCUGUAUACACCUCUUAUUGUCUGUGCCAAAACUCUUGACCUUUUCCAAUAAUUUGUCUAAUGGUAAAAAUCUGCUCUGUGAUUGAUCGGCUUGCUGUAGACAGCAUAGAUUCUUUAUCGGGGGGUUAGCAUGCUCAAGAAGAACCAGCAUGAACAGUUUACUUGCAGCGGAAAGCAAAGUCAUGUUGCAGUGAUUGGAACACACCAGACUAUCGCCUUUCCCUUUCUAAAAUGGGAGAAUAAUCCCAUUGCUCCAGUCAUCAGGUGGUUUCUCAUGAAUCCAUACUUAGUUGAUAAUUUGGAUAAGCCGUCCCAAGACAGAAUCCUGGCCAUUUUUGAUCAGCUCAGCAGCUAUACCACAAAUAUCGGCAGCAUGGCCAUUCUUGAGCUUACAGACUGCUUCAAACCUCCUUGAGAGUGACAUCCUCUGCAUUACAUGGAGGGCCUCUCAUUGGGCUCUUCACAUCCUCCCAGAGUUGUGGAGCUGCAGCUCUGAUAGGGUGGUUAAGAAGCACCGGAAAAUGUUUUUUUCCAUCUACUCAGACAUUCUACCAGUACACACAACACAUUACUCAAACCGGAACCCCUCUCCCCCACUGGCUGAUGGAACCAAAAUUUUUGGACCUUUGCACACAAUGUAGAUUUGCUGUUUGGAGCAUACCCUGAAAACCAUUGAUGCUCCUACCCUCCCAUCACUGAAUUCCACAUUUCUGUUGCAGGACUCACUGAGACCAGUUGGAGCAGCACCAGCAAGACAAUUAUUAACAGCAGUCAUUACGUAUGGUCAAGCCCCAGUGGUGAACUUGUCAGCCACGUCGGCCUCAGCAGUGUCGCCUUGGCCUUGUCAAGGAAUGCUUGUAAAGCCCUCAUAAGCUGAUCUCCCAUCUCCAAAUGUAUCCUGUGGCAAGGACUUUCUUAUAGACAUGGCAACAUCACUGUCAUUGGUGCUUAUGCACCCCCUUACCUUGCCAGUCAGGAGGACAAGGAACAAUACUCAUGAGCCCUGCGUUAUGUCAUCAGAAGACAUUAUCCUGACAUUAUCAUUGCGCUAUGCGAUGCCAGCACUACACUGGGGGCCAAUACUAGGAAAGCUUGGCCAGAAAGCAUUGGGUGUUUUGUUGUGGAUGCAGUUGUGAACGGCAUUGGUGAGCGACUGCUUGAACUUUGUGCUGCAACUGGACUCCAUGUUUCUGAUACCAAUUUCCAGUGGAAGAACAUACACGCAUGGACUUGGUAUUCCAGUGGGGGACAAACCCACAAAGCACUAGAUCACAUUCUCAUAUUUAAUUGGUGGAGAAGUUGUGUGCACCACUAUUGGGUGUUCGGGUGUGCUGAAGUGGUCAAUAUCGAUCACAGGUUGCUUGUGGCCAUGGUGGAACUGAGGUUGAAGGCAACUCAAACCAAGCCUUCCGUUAGUCAUUUAGACUUACUGAAAUUGAUUGCCUGCUGCUGUCAAAAUGGAAUGCCAGCUGCAAUCUGCAACUGAUUUGAUGCGCUAGCCCUUGCAGAUGAAAGCCUUGAACAGGAGCAAAUCAACAAUUUGUGAGACUCUUUCCAGUCUUCUGUUAUGGUUGCCAUCAACAAAGUGCUGGGGAAAAGGCACCCCAGGCCUAAACAUAAAUGGAUCAGUGAACAGACCAAUGUUCCCUCUAAUUUUUGACAGGCCGUGUGCACAACAAAUUUCUUCUGUGCAAAUUUUUGACAGGCCGUGUGCACAAAAAAUUUCUUCUGUGCAAAUUGUUGUGUUUCUGUGCAAAUUUUUGUGUGCGCGGUGUUUCGCCGUGUGCGCACGGUUUAGGAUCUGUAUGCGCGCGCACACGCGCACAGCUUUGAGAGAACAGUGGAACAGACCCUGGACAGCAAAGAAAAUUGCCAUGUGGCUUGCUGAAAUGGGAACAACCAAGAAUACCAAUGCCUCAAUGCCUUGCAUAACACAGCUUUAAAGCAGGACAUUUGGGGCAAAUAAGGCUCAGUUGAUAAAAGCUGCAUCAGCCAGAAAUGAGUAUGGGACUGUCUAUAAAGAAUUGUGCCCCUUAAAAGCUGGUCCAGGGAACAAAUCCUCACUUGUCAAAGAUGGACACUAUAACACACCAGUUUAACUUUAAAAUGAUAUAGUUAAAUCAGUGCAAACUCAAUGUGGACAGACAUUCUUAAUUGGAUUUAAACCUGCCUUAUAGCAAUGAAACGUCAUCUGGUAAAGCAUUGGCUUAAGCUAAAUCAAUAUAAGGUAACUUUAAAUCCAAAUUAAGAGCAUCCACACAGGGAUUUGCACAAAUUUAACUGAAUCAGUUUAAAAUCACACAUUUAGGUUGAAGGGAUGCGAGUUUGAAUACAGACAUGGCCUUGGCAGCUUUGCUCCAAACAUAAGGAAUCAUGCCUGGUAAUGCGUGUAGUUUGAACAAGCUAUACAAAUGCAUUGGGUAUAUUGUGAGGCACUACGCUGAAAGAAAGGUAAGUGUUUCCAGUGCCCUAAGACUAUGUGUGAAACCUUGCCGCUGUUGAAAUCAAUGGCAAAAAUCUCAUUGCUUCAGUAGGGCCAAGAUUUCUUCCUAUAUGUCUUUACAACAGCACAUCCUGUUGGUCUUAAAAACAGUUAUUUAAAGAUAUGAAUAAGUGAAUCAGACACAGAACUCUUUUUUUAAGCCAAAUCAACAAGCUAGUUCUUACUAAUACAGCUUGGCACAAGUAAGGAGAUUGCACAUGAAAGUGCUAUAGGGGUUAGGAACUGUAGGAGCCUGGAACUUGGAGCGUAUUUCACUUGGAGAAAAUUCAUUUACUUUAUCCCCAGCUCUGCUGACUCAUUGGACAGACAAUGAAAAGUUUUUAAGUUUCCAAAAGUGGAGUUGUAGCCAAAUUUAUGCCAUGGGGGGAAAAGCAAGGUAUGCCCAACGAGGCAAGCAUGGAAGAAAAACACUUUUUUUGUUCUGUCUCUUUGAUCACACUUCCAGUGGUAUAAUUUGUAACAUAUGGCUGUGAAUCUAACUCUAUCCACUUCUAACAGCCCACUAACUACGCCAAGUCUUUGAAGCGUGGGUGGAGCCAGCUAAUUUCAUGAAAGCUUUUAGUAAAAGAAGCAGAGGUCUUAUAAGGUUCCAAAUAUUUUAAUAGUUUUUAAUUGUAAUUUUCAAAUUAUCAGUAAAACAAGUUUUAAAACUUCCAUACAAAAAAUCUCGACCCCCUAUCUAUUUUGUUCUUUUCAAUUGAGUAGUACUUGAAUGUGCUAAAAUUUACAUGGAUGUUUUUAAUAAUAAAUGUGACUUUUUGUAGCAAGUUGGAGAAAUGAGGUUCAGUGUUAAGUACCUGAACCUAUAUGGACAAUCAUGAUAGGCACAGAAGUUUGCCCAAAUGCUGAAUAUUUUCCCGUUAGCCUUGUGGUUUCAGGUCAGCAUAUCUGUAACAGGUAAAGCAGGUAAUUUUCAUCUGUAAUUUAGGAGGUUUCUGUUAUUGGAUCCUGUAGAACAGUGUACAGAUUUCAUAAAUAGAACCAGCUGUAAGGUUGUUACAAAUUGUGUCUGUUUCUUUCUUACCUCUUCUUGCAAAGAAAAAAUGCCAGUCAACAUAAACGGGCUUCAUCAGCGAUAAGAAAGCUAAUCUUAGUUACGAUGUUACAAGAAGUGUCCAGAUAAAAUUCUACAUACAGAUAGAUUUAUAUUUGAACAUAAGUAACUGAUACUGGAUGGUUUUGGUAAAAGAAUUCUUUGGACAGAUGAUCUGUUUACAAACCGUUGUAUAGCUGGUUGUCUCUACGUACAGCAUGGCAAGAUUAUAAGGAUUCAUGACAAAUUUUUGAGCCAUUACACUAGGUGAGAGCCUUAGGAAAGAACACUCCUUUAUCUUCACUAUUAACAGAAGAGGCAAUAAAAGAAUGCAACUGCCAAUGACAUUAAGUUAAUAACAUCAGGAGUAUUUUGGACAGAGUAGCUGUUCUAAAGUUUUAGUACUUCCAUAGUUUUAGAUUUCAUCCUUCACAUUUAAUAUACAUUACCUGAAUUUUAACACCAUCUUUGAGAAUGAACCAAAUGUUUUGAUUCCUAUAAAGAGUUGCAGUUAAACUCAGGCAGAUGUGUACAAUACAGUUUCAUUUUGACGGGGGUCAGGCUGCAGUUACUUUGCUGUUCAGCAGAGUGUUAGCAGGGAGAUAACUACAAUCAGAAUAGAGUUUCUGAGACUAUAUUUCCUUUCAGUUAGCCAUGACAUUAUGGAAAAGAAAAAUGUGCUUAAUGUUCCAUUGUUGUUGGUUUCUGAAAUUAGAUAGGCUUAAAGUAUUGCAGGAGAGGGGUUGUGCAGUGGACAAGAUGCAGCCCAGUGUCAUGAUGGUACUUACGGUCUUAACACCACACACAGGGCUUCUGAGGCAGACAGCGCAUCAGGGAAGCGUGUUUAGGAAUCUGCAAAGACACAGUGAAACCCAAAAAAUGUGCAGCAUUGAACAGGGAUGGGGCAUGACCAGUAUAGCUAGGAAUAUGCUGAUUUUGUGUAGCACACAUACCCUGCCCCUCCCCCAGCAACCUCUAUCAGCAGCACUCCUGUGGAGGUCCAACCAUAACUUAAAGUUCUCUCUCCACCCAAGACCCUGAGGGAGGCCAUGGUGGUACCACCAUAUGCACUUCACUGGGGUAAAUGCCCACAAAGAUAUAGGGGGCCAGGCUGACACAAUGUGGUGGUGCCAUUUACACCUCCCUAUGGGCUUCAUCCAACUCCUGUUACAGGCCAUGACAGGAGUCCCAUGUGCUAUAAUGAGAAUAGCAUCAGGCCUUAAAGCCCCGAUUCAGCAAAGCAUUUAAGCAUGUGCUUAAGUCUGAAAUAAGUCAAUGGAGCUUAAGCAUGCACUGAAAGCUAAGCAUAUGCUUAUGUGCGUUGCUGAAUUGGGGUCUAAAGGUCAGGUUCAGUGAAUCUAACCCAUUGGUAUCAGUGAUUUUUUUAAAGCGUUUCAAUGAAUACAGAGUCUGCACCAUAGUUGUGUGGAUUUUAUAAACAGCGGAUGCAGUAAAAUAUACCCACUCCAAGCAGUGCUAUAGAAAAAAGUCCUUCAGUGAUGAAUGACCAGAAUACAAGACUCCAGCAAGGAGAGACUUUACUGAAUGUGCCUUUGACUGAAAAGAAAGAAGUGACUUUGAAAGGCUUUAUAGAUUUUAACUACGAGUGAACUACUGAGCAAGCUUUUUACUCUUUAUAGUAUUCUUUAGGAAAGUAGAUUUUCCCCGUUAAGUUUUGCCAUGAGUUGGCAUAUCACAUUCCUGGAUUUUGCUACACAAAUGAGGCAGCAUGUCAGAAUGUUUUUAGCAAACAUGGCCUGAUCUUAAGCCCACUGAAGUCAAUUGAAUUCGAUGAGCUUUCGGUCAGGCCCACAGUCAGGAAAAUCAAGAAUGCGUAUUACUGUUUUCUCCUACAGAUAGAUCACAGUUCAGCUGGUCUGAUUAGCAAAGUUUGUGUGUCACUGUUCAUUUGAUUCUGAGUCAUUCAUAAACACAUGAAAGGGUGUGAGAUACCACAUACUGUACGUUGAGUAAGCUUGGCAGUUUCUGUGUAUUCCAAAUGUUCGUUGACUGACUUGAAGCUCUUUGUUGCAUUUCUCGAGAACAAAUGCUUUUUUUUUUUUUCAGUGUUUAUAGCCUAGUUUGAAGGAGAAAAUAGACUUCUGGUAUGGCUGACAAAUUUUGGGCUCAGGUACUGCAGCAAUAGUUACCCCUUUUCUCCUUCUGUGUACAUGGCUGCAUCUGUAGGUGUGGAGGCUAAGAUAUGACGUAAGCGCAGAAUCCUGGCCCCACUGAAGUCAAUGGGAAUUUUGCCAUUGAUUUCAAAGGAGCCAGGAUUUAACACCAAAUGUUGAAAGCACUCUUACAAUAACAUUCUGUUAUAAGGUGAGAGUUCACCCAAAUUCUGAGUCCAGUCAUUACUUACACAUACAGACCCAUUUGAAUCCAUAGGAUUACUGUAGGAAGGACUACUCUUGUGGUUGAGGGUUUGCAGAAUGAGUCCUUUGUCAGUACAAGUCUCAUUGUCCCCGAUGUUGUUCAGGACAGUCUUUGUCAACUGAGGUUAGUUUCCUUUAGUCGGAUAGGGAAGGCAUCUUGCAAUUUAUUUAUGAAGGUCCUUAUGGGAUGGGUGGUACAGAAUCCAUCCACCAGUCUCAAAGCUAUAAAAUGAGGUCUAUAGCACACGCCAAUUUCAUCCCUGUUGUAAGAAUAAUAGAGUUACACCCAGGAUGACUAUAACUCCGUGUCAUAAUAUUUGUAGAAAAUGAUCAUAAUAACGGAACAAAAAUAUGUGUUUGUGGGGGGGGGUGGAUGGGGAGAAAUACAUUUCAUAGCAGGGAUGCUCUUGAAGAUUUGAAAGGUGAGGGAUCAAAUUUCCCUACAAAUAUAUGACUGUCUGCAUGUCUCCACACAUUUUUAGGACACAACAACAUGAGUGAUGGCUGGUGGGUCCAUAGGCCUUUAUAUAGGAAGACUUCUGACAUAGUUUGAGAGGUGAAGAAUUUGAAAAAUUAGCAGAUGUAAAAUAAUGUUGGCCCAAUGCUGUGGAUUCUGUUUGAAAAGCAGCUUCCCUACUGAAUUUGGUUGGUUGCUUGUAGAUGGGUAUAUUAUUGGUUUCCUUGUAUCAUAAGGAUGUGAGAUUGUGCUACCAUAAUCCCUUUAUUAAGUAUAGAGUCAGCCUGUGGAUUUAAAUGUUUACAAGUUCACUACCUAAGACAGAAUUCAUGUAUUGGGCUAACAGAAAUAGGAGGCAGUUUUGGGCCAAAGAAUAGGUGGGAGAAAAUGCAGAGUGGACCUAUUGCUUCAAGUACCUGUCUUGAUACCUCGCGGGUGUAACUCACGGUGUACUCUUACACUGCACAUGUUCGUUGAAACAUCAGCUCAUUACGCAGGCCAUUGGAAUCCUCUCCCAAAAUCUUUUCCCAAAGAGAAAUCAGUGUCUCUUCAAAGUGAAAUUUGCACAAUACGCAGGUAUUUUAUAUCUGAUCCUCUUCCUGGGCAUCCCUGUUUUGUUCAUUUAUAAACAGACAACACGUUCUGUCCACUGUAAGCAAGUGAAGUAGACAGGAUCCUGGCUUUUUUAUAGACAAAAGACAAUGAUUUCACUAUGAGCGUUACUGAUCCAACUGAAUGAUUAUAGUUUUGACGUGGGUAUUUUAAGCUUCCUGAAGCCAGGCCAUCCCAUAUUUAACUAUAUUCAUUAAAGGAUUUGAUAGUGAAUAUGACAGAUUUUGGGCCUUAUUUUUUUAAAAUUUUAAACGAAGAUUUAUAUUCAAGUGUGUACAUUAUGUACUUUAACCCUGUAUGUUCGCUGUUAUUAAAACAAAGCCCUGUGGUAGCUGGCUGCCAUAUGAAUAGGAAAAGAAAUCAAUUAUGGCUGUUGAGAAGACAGAAACUGAUGUCAGUAUUUAAGAUACUGACACACACACACACCUUUUUUGUAAGUGCAAAAGAUGGUUGCUUGUUUUUAACUUGUUUCCAUGUUUGUAUCAGCAAGUAAAUAUUAGUUUUGCAUGCCAAUCAUAUAUGUAUAUAAGAAAUAUAACGGGACAAGUCGAAACAGCAUAUCUUUGUAAAUUCAAUAGUAUUUCCAAUUAUUGUUACUACCACUAUGCUAAAUUCCAGUUCCCUUUCCUGAAUGUAAGAAAGUUUUUAAAAAAUGAUCAAAGAGGUCAGGAAAUUGUGCACUGAAAUAUUUAUACACUUAUUUAUUUAUUUCUCUUACAUGAAGAAUUACGCCCCUGAAUCAGGAAAGCAUUACCUUGUUCAGGAAGAGCAGUUGAAACCCAGGGCAGUCAAUGGAAUUUAAGCCCACGCUUAAAUUUAAGUGCAGGCAUAGGUGAAUGGACCUAAAGUUGGAGCUGUUUAAACACAUUAGUACCAUCCUUUUGAACUUCCGUGAAAAGUGGUGAGACAUUUAAUUUACUGUGAUUUUUUAUCAGCUUGCUAGUCCCCUUCCUGCAACCUAUAUGGCGAGGGUAGUUAUCGAACAUUGAGAGAACCUGAAAAAUGUCUCUGUGCUGGUCACUGGUACUGAUCGCUGGAGUAGAAAUGCGUAAAUAUCAAACCUUCUCCUCUGUCUGUCAAUCUAUCGUAUUUUGAGGGCAACCAUCCCUGUUUUUUCUGAGCACCAUUUACAGUCAUUAAAAUUUACAUUUCGUGAGGUGCCAACGGGUAUUUCAUAAAAGAUCUUCCUUUCCCAAGUUUGAAUCAAUUUCUUCCGAAAACUGUUUUUAAAAAAAGUCUAGGUUACAUGUGAUGACCUGCAUUUUUGAAAACAGGUGUAACAUGGAAGUAAAUGUUUGGGUGCAGAUCCUCAAGCCGGUGUAAAUUGUCAUUGCAACAUUGACAGAGCAGUGGAUCAGCCCCUUGAACUCUUGCAAUAAAAUGCUCUCACUACUUGCAAACAGGCGAGUGGGUACCCCCAUUUCAAUAAAUGUAGGUCAGUGCAUCUCCAUUCUCGGAGGAUGUAUCACUUGGCAUUGCUGUCAAGGUGAAUUAUGGUAGAGCUCAAUAUGGAGGAGGCAAGAAGCAGUGCAGGCGUCUUCGUAAGAAUGGGACAGUGGAGAGGAAAGGUCAGAAUUUUAUGCUUGAGCAAGCUCUUAGACACUUAGGUAUUUUUCAUUUUAGAAAAAAAAGCUGGCAAAUCAAAAGGAUAAAGGCUGAUUAUGAAGCAAGUGUUUCAUAAAAUUGAACCUCCAUUUAUUGUAGAGUUCGUGACUCAACUGAAUUCUUCUUCUUAAGUUCUCACAGAAAACAUCUUUUCCUGGUAGCUCUCCACAGUGAGUCUAAAUCUUCACGUACAACAUACAUUUCUUUGUAUCUAAAUUGGGAUAUGAAAUCAGAACAUUCAUUCCUAGAUAAACUAAAACUCCAGCUAAAAUACUGAAUUUGUUGAGAUCUUGAAAAAAGACAAAAAUAAAUUCUUGAUAUCUUGGUCAUUAAAGCUUUCUAAUUUUAAAAAUGAAUGGCAUAUCAAAAGGGCACAGCAGAUAAAUACAUGUUUUAUACAGCACAAGCGGAGAGCAAAUGCAAAUGAAAGUAAAACUGAAUUAUGAAACACAGAUUCUUGUGUAAUGAGAAUGUUGGCAUGUUUUUCAAGGAUUGCAUUUAUGUUGUACAAAUAAUAUUUGAUCUUUACAGUUCACUUACUGGUUCUGAAAAGGGGGUUUGUUUUGUUUUUUCCAGUAACAAGUACUGUAUUUCCUUAUCAGGGAAAAUGGGGAAGAUGAGUCCCAAGUAUUGCAUGAGUCAGACUUGAUUCUUACUUUAGGUAAAUAAGUGUGUAUCACUGAUCAUGAAAAUCUCCUGUGCACAUGUGUCAGUGUAGACCUAUAUACCUUAGAGACUAAUUGCACCCUUGUAAUUACUGAAUUCUCAGGGGCAAAUUGUGACCAACUUCCUCAUAAGAGUAGCCUCACUGAGUUCAACAUCUACUCUCAUGAACAAGGAAGUCACAAUUAGGCUCUUAGGCCUAGAUCCUCAAUGAUAUUAGGUAUCUAAUAUCAUGAAGGAAUUUUCCUCCAGGGCAGAUUGGAAGAGGCCCUGGGGGGUUUUCGUCUUCCUCUGUAGCAUGGGGCAUGGGUCACUUGCUGGAGGAUUCUCUGCACCUUGAAAUCUUUAAACCAUGAUUUGAGGACUUCAAUAGCUCAGACAUAGGUGAGAGGUUUAUCGCAGCAGUGGGUGGGUGAGAUUCUGUGGCCUGCGUUGUGCAGGAGGUCAGACUAGAUGAUCAUAAUGGUCCCUUCUGACCUUAAUAUCUAUGAAUCUAUGAAACCUAACUCCAUAGUUAGCUGGUUAAAUAAAUGUUAAGAGCUACUUUAAUCCCCACACUGAAUAUACAAGAGGGAGAAUAAGCUCGAAGAGACAUAUUCCCCUCUCUGACAAUGUCCUGUGCAGUGUCAAAUUCCCCAGUAAAAUGGUGAAACCACGGAAGUGUUCUCAUGAUUAGAAAGCACGAGCAAAAAUUCAAAAGGGGGCGUGCACACAGGAAAACAGGACUGGUGCUUUUUUUAGUGCAUUGUUAUGUAUCCAGAAAUAGGCACAGGAUAAACAGUCCUAUGGGGUGAACUUCACCCCUGUGCAGAAAGGCAGUACAAGGCUGACGAGACAUUUAAACCCAUAAAUAGAAUUUAAGUCGGACUUACGUGCUACAGAAGCCUAGUGCUAACCCUCUGCAGAGAGGUGAAUUUCAGCCAUCGUAAGGAGCAGGGCUUUUGGGGCCGGAUGUUCCUUAGAGCUCAGCAUCCCAAUAGCUCCCAUUUAGGCACUAAAUAAAUGGAUGGAUUUUAAAAAAAAAUUUAAAAAUGCUGAGCACCCAGUGGCUCUCAGUGAAAGAAACGGGUGCUGCUGAGUGUGAGCCCUUUGAUUUUUGAUUAUUUUUUUUUAAGUGGCACUGGCUUGACAGCACAUGCUAUGGCUAGAAUGAGUUUACAAUUACACUGUUGUAAGAGAGAAAGACGAAUGUGGUGUAUUCCCUGGAACCCUUACGGAAAACGUUUUUGUUUUGCGAACCUUGCUAAAGUCUCCAGACCACUAAAUGCAGUCUCUGGUGGGGUUUGUUCUAAGCUAAGCUAAACGGUGAUCAAACUGUAUAGCUCUCCUUAAACUACUGUGGGCAUGCUUAGUUUUCUACUUAAUGGUGCAUCAGAAGCACAGCAAUAAAAGUGACUGAUCUGAACAUCUUUUAUUCAAAUAACGUUAUCUGGGUUCUUUCCCAUUGAGUUUGAAGACUCCAUGAUGCUUCUAACUAUAAUGAAGAGAAUGUAGGUGCAACUGAGUGUAAAUCUGAAAUGCACACAACGUAUAGUUCACUUUUAGCAGCCUUGGCUCACCAGCAAGGAGAAAAUUCAACUGUUUAUAGUAAUAAAGUUCUAUUCCAAAUAGCUUCUUAUUAACGUGCUUUUGAAAUGUCAAAAUGGCGGCGCCACAGACAAAACAUUUGUUACCUUUUCAGAUAAGUUACAAUAAUUUUGUCAUACUUGUACAAGUGUUAUUGUCUGUCUUUCUGUACGUUUGUUUUGCAAUUUGUUAUAGAGUACUACUUGUAUGCCUCGUUGUUCCACUUGCCUGUGUCAAUUAGAAAUUCAACAGAAAUGAGAGCAUGCAUUUCUCUAUUUGCUGGUAACCUAUGAAUUAAAAACUUGUAUUUUCUGUG